AUGGCGGCGGCGGCGGGCGAGUGGCGCGCGGCGGGGCGGCGGCGGCGGCGGCCCUGGGCGGCGGAGGGCGGCGGCGCGGUGCUGCGGCGGCUGCGGGAGGCGCGGGACGACCUGCUGGGCUCCGGCUUCUGGGCGGCGAGCGCCGGAGCCAUGCGGGACCCGCUGGGCCGCGGCGCCGAGCAGGCGGCGGGCGGCGCGGCGCGGCCCUCGCGGUGCGUCUGCUACGGCCUGGGGCGGUUCUGCUCCUGCCCCGCCGCCCGCCACCAGCUCGCCUUCCUGCUGCUGCUGCUGGAGGAGCUCCCGGUGCCGCGCAGCCAGUGCUUCGUCUUCGACCCCGCGUUCUCCGAGCAGGAGCUGGCCGUGCUGGGCGAGCUGGGCCUGCGCCUCCUCCCCGACAACGAGGAGGGGAAACACUGUAUUCAUGAAUCUGCCACUCUCUUUUAUAUGAUCCACUGCGGAAAAGCUUUGUAUAACAAUGUCCUGUGGAGUAACUGGUCCAUAGAGGCACUGUCCAAAAUGGUCAUCAUUGGAAACAGCUUUAAAGGGAUUGAGGAAAGGCUGUUGUCAAGAAUCCUGGAGAGAGAUUAUUCUUAUAUAGCAAAGGUCUUAAAAGGGACAGAGGAAAUUGCAUUUCCAACUCACCCUCAGUAUAUGGAUACAUUUAAUGACACCUCCAUCCACUGGUUUCCCUUGCAAAAACUCCAGGAGCUCUCCAGUGAGGUUUGGGAGUUCCUGGAAGAGCCUACUUACCAAGAAUGUGACGACUUGGAGAUCAUCAGAAAGGAAGACAAAGUGAACCUGUGCAGUCCUACUGCAGUGGAGUCUUAACAGCUCUGCAACUGGUGCCUUGUUUUGUACGGUGUUUAAUUUGUUCCCCUU